UUUCACCCUAUCCCUAAAACCACGCACACAACUACAACAUUUUUCCUCUGCUCCCCUCUCGUGACCGAGCACCGGCGACCGGAGAGCUCCGACCGGCCACUGGUUAUCUCCGGCGAACCACCACGACUCCCCUCUCACACCACUCUCAUACGCACACCAUCCUGUAACUCAGAGAAAGAGAGGCGCUGUACACGGCGGCGACGCGACGUCAAGAUCAGAAGAGACGGAGUGAGAGAAAGAAGAGAGAGGGAGAGAGACGUCAGAGGGGGAAAGAGAAUGACGACAUCGACGGCAGACGGGCAGCUGCGGCGGCGGUGGUGGAUCUCGACGGCAGCUGGUCGUGAUGACACGGCUGCGCCGCUACUCACGGUGGAGGUGGCGAUGGAUUUCGACACCCCCCCUAAAUCGAGUUCCCUGAAUGUGAUUCCGGCUUCUGAUCAUUCCGAUUUGGUAACGAUGGUGGCUGUACUGGUUGACGACAGCCGCACUUCGUGACUUCUCAGGUGGGGUGUGGUUGUUCCGGUUUGAAUUUUAGCUUCGGUUCAAGUCAGAUUUGAUUUGGUUUAACUCGGGUUGACUAGGUCAAACCGAGUCAACUCAUUGUUCGGGUUAGCGACAGUGGAGCCGGAAAACGGCAGUGAUGUCGGCUGGAUUGGUGGUGGAUAUCCUCGGAUUGGGUUUCGAUUCACAUUCGGUGUAAGUUUGGUUCAACUCGGUUAACAAAGUCAAACCAGUCAACACGUCAGGUUGACUGGUCAACGCUGGUCAACAGGAGUCAAGGGCAGUCAACAACAGUCAACGGAUUGGUUUCGGGUCAACAGCGGUCAAACAGGUCAAGCGAGGUCAACUCAGGACCCGGAAUGCUUUAGUUGCACGCUAGCGAGUUCACAUUCGUGGGAUGACACUACGGAAUCACACUAAGCUAGCUUUGCACAGGAAUAUCUAGAUGUCAAAGUUCACAAGGUUCAAUGCAAGCGAACUCGAUGCUAGGGCGAGAUAUGAAAUACUUAAGACAAGACCCGAGGAAUACCCUAGGCGAGCAUGUACGGACCUGUUAACCAUGGUGAACCAGCUAGACCGAUUCAACAACAUCGUGACAGGACCACUAGCAGUUGCAUUGAACACUCGGCUUCGGUCGGUGCAUCAAUGCACCAUGGAGUUUUACAGUACUUUCGCUUUCACUUCGAGGUGUGACCCGUUUGACAAUGAAGGGGUCGCAUUUCGGUGUGGCGGGACAAAGUACUCGAUCUCCAUGGCACAGUUUGGAGCUAUAAUAGGACUGUACGGUGAAGAGGAAUCGGGAAAUGAGGAAAACACCGGGGGAUUACGAGACUUGGAUGAAAAUGAACGUCAAGCCGCAUGGGCCCAAAUCGGUGAAGGAAUCUACAACCCUAGCAGCACCAAGAGUACCAAACUGAGGGACCCGCUAUACCGCUACAUUCACAGGCUCCUCACCUACUCGCUAAACCAGCGUCACAACAGUAGUGGCGUUGUAGGGUUGAAAGAUUUGGUUGUCCUUCACUGCAUCCACAACCGGAAGCCUCUCGAUGUUCCAUAUCUCCUGUUACGAAACAUGCAUCUCAAUCGCCUUGCUCGCGCUCCAACACCUAUCUUCUUUGGGGGAUGGGUGUACCGUCUUUUCAAGCAUUUCACGAACAUUCCAAGGUCCUUUGAAAGAAGUCCAUGGUCGGGACGAGUUGACUACCACAUUUGCCGAGCCAUGAACUUACUUUAUGAGGCGGAAGACGGAACGGUGAGUUUCCAAAGAGCACAAGGCUAUGCAUGGAACCCACAGGAGGCCCUAGUUCUUCAUGCACCACCUCCUCAAUACCAGUACCAACCCCAUGGCGAUCCGGGUCAAUCCUCCUCACAAGGAGGCGGUUUUCCUAACUUUCAAAGCUUACAUGAUCUUUUGCAGGAAAACCUUAUGUGUACCAGGAACACCUACAAUCUCGCCAAAAACACAUACCACCGGGUCGGAGCUAUUGAGCGCAACAUCAACGAUAUACUAGAUGAUAUCGGUAGCAUCCGGGAGUAUAUGGCGGGACAUGGGGGUGGAGGUGAUGAUAGCGAUGAAGACAUGGAGUAGGAGGUUUGAAGGAACAAGGAGCGGGUUGAUGAUGAGCCCACAGGUUUAAGUACCCUUUUCUAUCGAACAAUUUAUGGCCUGCGUGCCAAAUGUUGAACAAUUUACUUUCCUUGACUACUUUUUAUUUCCGUUUUAUUUUUCUGUUACUUUAUGCUUGGAGACAAUUAACUAUGGUAAUGUAGGAUGUUUAUGUUGC